UCGUACCUGAAAUGUGUUAGGUCAAACCACUGCGUCCUGCUUAAGUGAGUGACAUUUGUAAACGUUUAUUAAAAAGUUUUGUAUGGGAAAACUUUUUAUCUAAGUUUUGUAACCAACAUCUUAUAAUUGAAACAAUGGCUCUUGUAAAACCAAAAUCUGAACUGACACCUGAGGAACUUGCUCGCCAAGAGGAAGAAGAAUUCAAUACAGGCCCUCUUUCCGUUCUCACCCAAUCGGUGAAAAACAAUACACAAGUUCUAAUUAACUGCCGGAAUAACAAGAAGCUGCUUGGUCGUGUAAAGGCUUUCGACCGCCACUGUAAUAUGGUUCUUGAAAGUGUUAAGGAAAUGUGGACUGAAUUGCCUCGUACGGGAAAAGGCAAGAAGAAAGUUAAACCAGUAAAUAAAGAUCGUUUUAUAUCGAAAAUGUUUUUACGCGGAGAUUCGGUGAUUUUGGUUUUGAGAAAUCCUUUGGCGACAGCAGCAGGGAAAUGAGUUAUUUUCUAUCCUAACUUUAGUAUAUAUAAUAUAUAUGUAGGUAUUAUGGUAAUCAAGACAGAAUAAUAAUAAUUUUGAAAACAACCAAA